UUCUCGUCUCGGCGUAUGUCCGGUUUGAGUAUUCCUAUCGUUCACCGAAGAGCAAGCACCCGUCUCAACCUUCUAUUUUGAGCCAUUAUUUGUCCUUAUUAUAGUACUUUACCCUAUAGAAAGGCACAGAAAGGCACAUGCAGCAAGUACAAGUAAUGCACCCAAAUUCAAGGGUGGCCUCAGCAGCACCAGUCGACCCUUGCCCCGUCGGCCCCGGUGGCUAUUUUCUUUCACUCCACAUUCCCGAGUCUCCUGCUCAAACUCGUCCGUACAAAGGGGGCCUUGAAGUACCCGGCCUAUUCUGUUCCACAAGAUGGCUUCCUUCGCGUCACCAACCAUCUUCUGUUUCACCGGCCCAGCGAUCGUUUCCUGUAUCCCCCAUGGACCGAAUCAACCCGCUCGAAUCGAUGCGCUUGGCAAUACAAAAAGCGUUGCCAAACAUUACCGUCGAGUCUGUUAGCCCAUUACCGUCCUGUCGACUCCUAAGAUUUUUCAGCGUUAAGAUCUCGGACGGUAGAGCAUUAGUUCUCAGCCUACCACCGCCUCCGACACUGAGGUUACUCCGGUCUGAAAGGGGCUUGAAUCUUUCAGAGACCCUUGUUACAAAAUGGGUUCUUGAAGGGGUACUUGAGCCUCCUAUUAAGGUUGAGAAGGUUGAGAAUAUAGCCCGGAGAAAUAUCAGCUCUGAUCAAACCGCUCAAGGUGCACCAGUGAAGGACGAAAUAGAGAGUAGCUUUGAGAGAGAAAUAAGCUUGAGACGAGAUGUGCUCAAGUAUCUUCCCGUCCUUGUCACCCAUGUCCCUUCGUCAACGGAAUUAGGUUCUUCGUUCAACAUCUUCGAGCCGGCAAGAGGGGUCACUAUCCGUGAACUCCCUACACCCUUAACGCCAUCCGAGAGAAGUAUAAUAGACUUUCAAAAAGGCCAACUUGUACGACAACUUUCGAGCUUCGUAUCACCAAACGGGCUUUUCGGACCGGCUACGGCGGUUAUCAGUCCACAGCCGCCGCCCACCGACUUACACGCGGCGCAACUAGCUAAUCUCGGCCUUCGUAACUCGAGAACGUGGAAACAAACUUUUCAUUCUCUACUGGAGGGCGUACUACGAGACGCCGAGGAUAUGGCCGUUACGAUUAGCUACGAGCCGAUCAGAAGCUACUUUAAUAGACUGAGCCAUCUCCUGGACGGUGUAACUACUGCCCGGCUGGUAAUACUAGACGCUGCCGACGAGUUGAACGUAUUGGUAUCACGGACUUCAAAACAGGAUAUAAGUAAGGACGAAAACAACAACAAACAGGUAAUACCAACCCAAGAUACAGCAAAAAUCAAAACAGAAGAAGACAUAUCCGAGAAAACAAUACCAGAACAAACCCCCGGAGACAAGGGCAUAACCGUCACCGGCCUCCGCGACUGGAGCAACAGCAUCUUCGGCGACCCUCUCUUCAGCGAAAUCUUCAGCCAAGACCCUACCGCAGACUUCAUCCACGGCUUCCACCACCACCACCACCACCAAAGCCACCCCCCCACCGCCAUCAUCGACGACCCAGCCAGCGCAUCCGCGCGCCUGCUCCUCUACGAAUGCUACCACGCCACCGUGAGCGUAGUACGGCAAUUCUACCGCCCCGGCCCCAGCAGCAGCGACCGCGAGAUCGCGGCGCGUCGACGGCUGGCCGCGGCGCUGAAGCAGCUUGAUGAUGUUGUUGACGAUGACGAUGAUGAGAUUGUUGGGAAGCGGGCGAGGAGGCCUAGUGCGGCGAAUGUGGAGAAGUGGCCUGUUAAGAGGAGUAGGGGGGAGGGGGAAGGAGAAGAAGUUGAUGUAGGAAAAGGGAAAGGGAAAGGGAAAGGGGAGAGGGAUGACGGGGUAGAAAGGGGAAGGAUAAAGGAGGAGGAGGAUGUGUUUGAGUCGAUUGAGAAAGAUGAAGAUAUACGUGGGCCUUGA